CUUUCCUUUUUCUUUCAUACCAAAACUCAGAAAAAAGAAAGAAAGAAAGCAGUCAAUGCUCAAGCAUGAUCAAAGCAUCCGCUCCCCCUUGUCGCAGCGCAAGAGCCUCCGAGCUUCAGACAAAAGCCACGGCGGUCGGAUCCAGCGGCCUUUGCGCCUCAGCACGUCGUCAGUGUCUCGCGCGGCAAGCCACACAGGCGCUGGACUAAUAAGCAGGAACGCCUAGCCAAGCAUUUUACGGGCAUGACAUCAAUCCCAGAAUUCAGCACCCCAUGAGCUCAAGGCGUGCCUCAAGAGCUGCGCCCCCAUCGCCAAACACUUGACGCGUAGCCCUCGCCUCAGCCCUGCGACCCCUGCUUGGUCUUUUUUUAUCAAGUAUCUCGGGUUCUGUAUCCGGCUCGACUCUGUGCACCGUUACUGGUCUCGCAGGUCUCAGACAAUGACACUGCGCCGGAUUCAGCCCCUCGCCUGAUCAAUUGCCGAGCGUCGUCCGGCCUACCUUCUCGUCUACUACCUUGGUACUUACCCAAUUGCGCGGAGCUAACAGCAAAACAAACAAUUUCUCUUCUUCUUUAUUUUUUCUCUGUCGUCGCCAUUGCAUUCCAUAGCCGUGCGGGCAGGCUCUGCUCGCCAACGGAGCGGCUAAAUCACCAAAAUGUCCAUCAUCAUUUCGCUGGAUAACCAGCCAGAGUUCUACACCAAUCUCGAUGCAGUCUCGGGCAAAGUCAUUCUGAAUCUCCCUCGGAGCGAGCAAAUCGGCUCCAUUGUCGUCAAGCUCGAGGGAGAGUCAGGCACAGCUCUGCAGGUCCCCAAAAACUACGGCUACGAUCCCAUCACUGCGCGCGCCGGUCCGCCACCGGGGCCUCCGGGCAGCUUCGUCAGCGAGAACCACAAGAUCCUUUACAAGCUGGUCAAGGUUUUUCCAGACGACUACUACGAAAGCUCCUCCAGCCCCUACGGGUCGUAUCCCCUCGAUGCCGGCCAGCACCAGUUUCCCUUCAAGUUCAAGCUGCCCAUCAACAAUGCCUGCAGCAACCCUCAAGCCAUGGCAAGAAUCGGCGGCCUGGCCGGCAUAGGAGGCUAUGGAGCCAGCGGUGGCCUCUUUGGAUUGAGCGGUGUCAGGGUCAUGGACGGCUCCAAGCAACUGUAUCUGCGGCAUGCUACAGCAACGCUGCCACCAUCACUGACUGGCUUUCCUAUGGCGGCGGAGAUCCGGUAUUAUAUCAAGGUUACGGUCCAACGGCCCGGACUUUUGAAAGAAAACUGGCGCUAUCAGCUCGGCUUCAAGUUCCUGCCCAUUGAACCGCCUCGGCCUCCCAUCACCGGCCAAGAAGCCUUCGCUCGACGGCCCUUUACCUUCCAGCCGCGGACACCAGGACAGAAGAAGCGCAGUUCAAUAUUUAGCAGCAGAAAGAAUGACUAUUUGGCGAGUCCUACCCCCGACUCCCCAACGCCGCCAUCAAUAGAGAUUUCAGCCCGGUUACCGCAUCCUUCCAUUCUCACGUGUAAUCAGCCAAUUCCCCUCCGGCUCAUUGCAAAGAAGCUCGUAGACAGCCCCGAGCAAGUCUACCUGACAUCAUUUCAGUUGGAGCUGUUUAGCUUGACGGAAAUCAGGGCACAUGGGUUGGCCAGUCCCAAGGGCAACCGCUGGAUUGUUGCCUCCUAUACCGACCUCGAAAUCCCCCUAUGCGCUCCGGACGACAAAGUCGGGGAAGAACUGAUACUGUCGGAUGAGCUCUGGAGGAAUAGGCCGCUGCCCAAUACCGUCGCCCCUUCUUUUAAUACCUGCAACCUUUCUCGAAAAUACGAAUUGGAUCUCAAGCUAGGCGUGAGCUGGGGGACGCCCAGGACGGCCAAAGACUCUCCGCCCCAAGCUCUGUUUCUGCCUCUUCAUUUUGCAAACGUCAGCGUCUUUUCCGGCAUCACGCCGCCUCCUGAGUUGCUGGAAGCUGCUAAGAACACACGCCCAGGAGAGGUUACUAUUUCUCGACCUCCUCGGCUGCCUCCCCGGAGCUCAGUCUCUGAAGCCAGCGGCCCAGGGGGUCUUGGAGCUCCUCAAAGAAUUCCCCGACGGCCAAGCGCGCCUGCUGCACCCGUCAUGCCUCCCAGGCCUCCGCAAGAUCCUUUAUACCCUCCGCAGCUCCCACCAGGCGAUAUUCCGGCUUAUGAAGACGUGCCGCCUCCGAGCUACGACGAAGCGAUGGCAGAGAACCUGUCUGGGCCGUUUGACGGUUUACGGCCCCGGCCGGCCUAUAGUGGCAUAACAAAUGAGAAUGCGCCUAGCGAGAUGCCCAUGGGCCCGGUUAAAAGCUAGGAGCAGAGGCUGCGUCGUCGUCGGAGAGCCGGUAUCCUCCUCUGAUAUCGCGUUACAUGGAGUUUGUUUGAAAAAACGUUUUUGUGCAUAAAGAAUUGAAACAAGCAUAGAUUUGGGAGAUGGGGUCAUGCAUAUGGCAUGUCUAUGGUCUACCUGUUUAUAUAGUAUUUUAUGAGGAUUGGUAUGGUAAAUAACGAGCAGCAUUUUUUAGCAGCUCGUGACAGCGAUUUUGAAAGUUAGUUUGGCCACAAUAGCAUGUGGAGAGCGAGUAAUGGAAUAAAAAUCAAG